AUGGCUGACGACAGGCAGGAACGGUCCUUCAUGGACAUCAUCUUUGAUCCGACUGCGUGGAAGCAGGACCCGCUGCUUCCUGUCGAGCGUCGUUCAGACAUCUACCCCGCGAUCGACCCGCAACUCGCAUGGUCCUCUCAGUCUUUCGCCGGCAAGACUGUGCUCAUCGUGGGCGCUUCGCGUGGGAUCGGUCAAACGAUCGCGCUUUACUACGCCAAAGCUGGCGCAUCCGUGGCAAUCACUGCGCGCUCAUCUCUCAAGCUGACUGAGGAGCUCAUCAAGAAGGAUGCCCCGAAGGCGAAAGUGCUGUCGUACGAGGCGGACGUUAAGGACAAGAACCGCGCUGCGGAGGUCGUCAAGGAUAUUGUGGAGAAGUGCGGCGGACUAGACGUGUUGAUCUAUAACUCGGCCGCUUCGCUGGCUUGGGAAAAGAGAUUAGGUGAUGUAGACAUCGAUGGGUGGUGGAACGCCUUCGAGGUGAACAUACGUGGGGCUCUAUGCUACGUCCAACCGGCCAUACCGCAUUUGGAGAAGGCGAAGGGAUAUUGCAUACUGAUCACCAGUACUAUGAGCACAGUGCGCGCACCAUUGACGUCUGACUACUCUAUAACCAAACAUACGCUCGUCCGCCUGGCUGAGUAUGUUCAGAUCGAAUACCCCGCAAUUCAUACCUUCGCCAUCCACCCAUGUUCUGUGCCUACAGAGUUCACGCAGAAAGCGCGCAUCGGCAAUGUUCUGUUGCCGGACAAACCUGAUCUUGCAGCAGGUACCGCGCUUGCACUCUGUUCAGGGCGCUAUGACUGGUUGGCAGGAAGAUACGUGGACUCGAAUUGGGAUUUAGAUGAAGUGGAGGAGAAGUACAAGGCUCAGAUUAUCGAAAAAGACCUACUCGUUUCUAAGCUCGCACUGCCUACGAUAUAA